AUGGAAAGAAACAUCCUGAACAAGUACAAGAGCCUUUUCAAUUUUGUUAACUCUGUGAAAAAUAAGGUAGAAAAGGAAAAGAGCCUGAAAUAUAGCCAAAAUUUGUACUUAAAAAAUAUAUCAAGGAGUAAUUAUAAUGUUAAAAAUAAUGUUAAUUUGAUAUAUGACAAUAAGCUUUUUUUGAAGUACUGGAUAAGGAAGAAAAGACCUGGAGCUAGGAACUGA